AUGGCUGCAGCCCGUGGAAGGGAGUUCCUCCUCACCCUCCUCAGUGAACUCUCCUUACUCGUCUUACAAGAGUUCGGUUGCCAAAUCCGCCUAUUCAUUCAUGGUGGUGCAGUGACCCUAUGCUGGCCCAUGGGCUACAACACCUACAAACCCCAGCAAGCGCAGGAACUACGAAACCGUAUCCACGACGCAGUGCACCAUCUGCAAAAGUUAUCUGACACUUUGCCAGAGGAGUCAUCCCACAUGGCGCUGAGCCAAUCAGCCGCGCAGUCGCCUCCUGUGGCAUCAACCACACGCUCUCCUGCUGCACUCUGCUCGUUGCAUACGAUGUCAAGCAUCUUAGCCCCACACUCGUUUUCACAGCUGGCGUCGGCGUCCUCGUUGCAUUCUCUUUACAUGUCGUCCCACAGCGUUUCGCCUCCCGCAUUUAUGGGGGAGCGUACGCGCCGGUCAUCGACGACCUCUGCACGACAUCAGACCUUUUCACCCGUCCUCGCAUCUUCACCCGCCCUCGCAUCUUCACCCGCCCUCGCAUUCUCACCCAACCUCACAUUCUCACCCGCCCUCACAUUCUCACCCAGCCUCCCAAUCUCACCCGGCCUCCCAAUCUCACCCGGCCUCGCAUAUUCCCCGGCCUCGCAUUUGAAUACAUACGGUGAAUCAGGUCCUCCAUAUCCAACUCUUCUUCGAUCUCUCCUUUGGCACACUCCAGCGCUCCUCCCUCACCGAGCCUCCAAGUGCUUCGACACCCUCUGCGCCUCCGGGCGUUUCAUGCUGCCCUACGCCUUUGCCUUCGCCAAUUCUAGCACCAGAUGCUGCCCUAUGCCUUCGCCUUCGCCAAUUCUAGCACCAGAUGCUGCCCUAUGCCUUCGCCUUCGCCAAUUCUAG